AUGUCCAACGAAGGAGAAGAUGUUCACAGGAUUGUCAAUCUUGGAGAGGAGCUAGUAGGUCUUGGUGGAGAGCACGAAGAGGAAGGAGGAGAGGAGUCGUUGGGCGCUGCUACUAGGCGCGCUAGCAUAGAUGGGCGUGCAGAGAAGAGCUAUCUAGGUGCUUGGCGCCAAGGUCCAGGUGACCCAGGUGCUGGGUACCCAGGUCGAGGCGACCCAGCUGGGCAAGCUAAGGGAAGCGGGCGCGCCUGUUGUGGCGGGCAGGCAACUAGGCGAGCAGGCCAGGGAAUUAGGCACACAUGUUGUGCUGGGUAG